AUGUCUAUAUUUUAUCAACCAAUGUCAGGUUCAAACGAUAUACCAAACUGUUUAACACCCAAUAACAAUUUAGAAGAUCAAUUCGGUCUCAUCAAACAACAAUUGGCUAUUACUACCAGUAGCACUAGUAGCAACAGUAGCACUUCUUCCAAUACUACCAAUGCAAGUGGAACAAGUUCUCCAAGUGGGGCUCAACCAUUAUCUCCACCUUUAUCUCCAUAUCAGAGAAGUGCUUCUUUGCAAUUGAUCAAACAACCAUUGCCAAUCUUACCUAAACUUAACAAGAAUAACAAAUCCUAUUUGCAGAAUAGUAAUGCCGAAUUUAAAAUAGAAAACUUUAAUGACUACAAAUUGACUGUUGAUAUCAAAACAGUCGAUAAAAAUUAUUAUAAUAAACAAUUGGAUUUUUUAAACAAGUAUAGUUCUUUAUCAAAUAGUGAAAAAGCCUCAGCUGGUAUUAAUGGUAGCUCUUUACCACCAAGAAAAUACAAAAAGAGAUUAAAUUACGACUCAAAUGAUGAAAUUACUCAUUCUGAUACUGAAAGAGUCAGAACUAGAAGAGUUGUUAAAACCACCAACAAGGAUUUCACCACUGAUGAUGAAGCUUUUACUUCUUUACCAUCAACUCCACCACCAAAGAAGAAGAAGAGAACAACCACCAGCAGUCCUUCUAUUCCAAUAUUGACCUUGCAACAGCAAUUGAUUGAUGAAUCUAUUCCAGAUUAUUCACCAGAUGUUUCUACAUUACCACCAAAGAAUGCCAAAUGUUUAAAAAUUGAAUGGAAAGGUCAACCUAUGGAUUUAUCCAACGAUCCAAAUUUGCUGAAAUUGACACAUCCAGCUGAGGUAAUGUUGGCCAGUAUUUUGAGAUUGCCUGUUGCCGUAUACUUGGAUUCCAAGAGAAGAUUCUUCUACGAAAAGGUUAAUCGUAUUAGAAGUGGGAAAACUUUUAGAAGAACUGAUGCACAAAAAGCUUGUAGAAUCGAUGUCAAUAAAGCAAGUAGAUUAUUUGCAGCCUUUGAAAAAGUCGGAUGGUUGAAUGAUGAAUUGUUUGAAAAAUACUUGUAA